UCAGCACUUCACAUUUCUACCUGCAAAUUCGACUUACCCUACGAGGCCGAAGAGGGGGACUAAAACUCCUGUGGUGAUCGCCACAGCGAGGCAGCCAUAUGUCGCAGAGGGAAAGACGCGGUUGACGAUGGUUGGAAUGGCCACAAUAGCAGUACCCAAAUGUAAAAGAAUGACACAAACUAUAUUUGCCAACGGCGGGCUGGUUGAGCCAACAGGCACCCCAAAAAACAGUAAAACAGCUACUGACCAUACAAAAAGUCGCGAAAGAGGAGGAACUUCUCAGAAGGAGUUGCAGUCGUUUGAUCUGCUUCAGGCUGAGAGGAGGAGAGGGAAAGAGCUUGAGGGGAGGAAGGAGAUAUGUUGCUUUGUUCCUUCAGGGGCGGCCAGCCGGCCAGUGGAUCCUGCCACCACGUUGUACAAUGUCGCAUUCAAAAAGCAAGAUCUAGUAUAUCAUGACGCUGCCUUUGAUGUCCCAGGUAGAGGAGCUGCCUUCCGUCUAGCUGUUUUGAUACCCAAACUAUUGGCCAGCGCG